UCCAAAGGUCUCCUUUUAAGGCUCGGCGUCCGUCAGACACACCUCCCUUUGAGGUUAAUAUCUUCCUGUAAGGCCUCAUAUCCACAAGAAAGUUCUCUUUAUCAACAAGGAGCCUCUUUUUAAUGAUAAGAAACCUUUAAAAAAGCUUGUUUUUAAGGUUCUGUAUCUACCACGAUCCUCUCUUUAACACUUUUUGUCCAUCUAGGCUAACUAGAGGUUAGCAUGAACACCAGGAACCUCUCUGCAAGGCUACACAUCUGCAAAGAACCAUUUUCCGACUGGAAAUCCUCUUCUGGGUCCUCUCGGUAAUGUUUUAAUGUCUGAAUGUCCUACACGAUACUGUAUUUUUAUCUCAAAUACCCACCAGGAACUGUAUAACUACCUGGAAGCUCUCUUUCAGGUUUAUAUGCUCUCCUCUCACUCUUUUUAAGGGUUUUUAACCUCUGAGAUACACUAUACUUAAGGGACUAUCAACCAAGAACCUCUUUAAGUUCUUCUAAGACAAUAUCCAUGAGGAACUUGAGGUUAAAUAUCUACCAAGGACCUCUCUAUCCACCAACAGUAUCUACUUGAAUCCAUCCGUGAAGGUGAAAUACCCAGGAACCUGUAUUAAAGGGUCCAUAUCCACUGAGAAAAUCUCUUUUUUAAGGCCUCCCCCUCCAGGAAAAUCUCUUUGUGGCCAUACAUCUACCAGGAUUUUAAGAAACCAGGAGCUUUCCACACUCAGUCUAAAUGCUACAAGCUGAAACUGAGACUCUGGGUGGUAAUGAGGACCUAAAACUGAAGGGUGAUAAAAAAGAAAAACCAUGACUGAUGUGGUUUUUAUGCACCGCUGCUGUCUUGUCCUCUUAUCUUAAAGAAAUGUUGGCAUCAAAAGAAAAAAGUUCACAUUAUUGUGUGUAAUUUGCACUGAGCAUCUACAACCAUUAACGUAGCAACCAUAGCAGGAGCGCUGCAGCAUGGGACUCAGCUGCUUCAAGUCCUGGAAACAUGACAGUACAGGCCACAAAGGUAACAGAGAUGUGCUGGCCAGCCCAGGCUCGUAUUUCUUUCUAUCUAACAGUGCUGGUCAGGGUGACGAGUGGCUAAAGAGCCUCAACAAAGGAGUCUGGAUCCCUUUCACAGGGGUCUUUGGUCAGCGACUGGAGGAGACGGUGCUGUAUGAGCGACGUUAUGGGGUGCGUUUGGUUCCUCUGGUGGUGGAGCAGUGUGUGACCUUUAUUCGGCAGCGUGGCCUACAUGAAGUGGGCUUGUUUCGCCAGCCCGGACGGGCCAGUCUGGUCAAAGAGCUGCAGGAGGCUUUUGAUGCAGGGGAAAGACCGUCUUUUGACAGUAGUACAGACGUCCACACAGUAGCAUCACUACUGAAGCUCUACCUCCGACAGCUGCCAGAGCCUCUGGUUCCCUACAGCCGCUACCAGGACUUCCUGCUCUGUGGCCAGAAGCUGUCGAGCAACCGCACACUGGUUUUGGGGGAGUUGAGGAAUCUUCUUCAUGAGUUGCCAGUUGCAAACUUCAACCUACUCAACUUUAUCUGCCAGUUUCUAAAUGAGGUCCAGAGUUACUCCAGCAGUAACAAGAUGAGUGGCCAGAACUUGGCUACAGUGUUCGGGCCAAACAUCCUCCGUGGCAAAGCUGAAGAUCCUCAAAGCAUCAUGGGAGGUGCAGGACUGGUCCAGGUGCUAAUGCUGGAGCUGAUCAGAGAGCACGAGUCUCUGUUUGCUAAAGUCCCCCCACCCAUCUCUGCCCGUCCACUUGGAGGUCCGCACGCAUCACCAAGUGCUCUGAGGCAGCCUCAUCUCCACCCGUCGCCCUGCCUCCGCCAGCUCUCUAUGCCUCUGAUUGUAGAGCGCUCCAGAGAGGCAGGACAGCCUGCUGCAGAUGAACAGAACCCCAGCUGCAUUUACUCUGCUGCUGCCAAAUCAGACCUUUCCUCUGGCCAGAAGAAAUUUCUUGGGCAUCGUUACACCUCCUCUCACCCAGAGAACUGCUUCUACCCUUUACCUUCCUCCAGUCAGCCCCUGCAGCACCACUCUGACAGACACAACCUAGAUUAUCACCAGCACCGCGCUGGCCAAGGACUGUCCCCUGCAAAUGUUCAAUCUUCUACAACCAGCCUCCAGUUACAAGACCCACUGCCAGAUGGCUCCAGUCCCAGACCGAUGCUCUUGGGCUGGGCAAAGGCCUGGCCUGGCCCUGCAGAGACAAGCCCUGGUUUCUGGACCUGUGGUGCUGCAGAGGAAGAGGAUUCAGUGCCAGGAACAGCCAGCAGGGACAGCAGUGAGGAUCAGGAGGAUAGCAACCUUUCAGCCUAUGACAACCUGAACAGAGUGUCUCCAUGUCAGAGGAUGGAAGGUGUCACUGAAGAAACCAAUGAUCCAGGAGGCCAUAUUGGAGCUUGUGAGGAGGAGGUGAGGUUAGAGGAGGCGAGGCCGAGAAGGGACUCAUCUUCUUCAUGGUCUUCUUACGAGGGUCUACCAUUGGAUGAAGGCAGUGAAGCCGUGGGCGGGGUUAGUCCUGAUGUGUCACCAAAGAGACCUGAAAGGUUACCAUCAAGUCAGGUAGCAGAAGAGGAAAGCAGUGAUAAUGACGCUCAUGAAGACAACAAUGACGAUGAUGAUAGUGAUGAAGACGAUGAUGAUGAUGAUGAUGUCCACCACCCUAACUCCCCAGCCUCCGGUUGUGCACUCAGUGACAGCCCUCUCAGCACAGGCAGCUCAGAUGUGUUCCUACCCUCUGGUCCUCCAGAUCUCCAGGACCCUGAGCCUCAAUCACAGCCCGGGGAUGCUAACUCACUCCUGGCCGAGUUGCGGCUCCAGAUGGCCAGGCAGAAGGCUGAAUACCAGGCCAGGAUACAGAGGUUGGAGCGCUGUAAUGAUGUCCUGGAGCGGCAGGUUGCCAUACUGCGGGUCAGCCUGGAGCAGCAGAGGCGCAGUCGAAGUGUCGCUGAGAUCAAGAUCCGCAACAUGGAGCGAGCCAAAGCCGAUGCCGACCUCCGAAACAACACGCUGCAAAGAGAGAUGGAGCUGUUCUUUCAGAUGUAUGGAGACGUCAAAAGAAGAGGAGGGGGUGAAGGAGCAAGAGGAGGAGGGAGUCUCUGAAGAUUGAUAGAAAGAGAAAAUAGAGGAAUUCUUCUGAAGUAUACAGAUAGGUCAGAGGAUAUUAAAGAGGAAGGGAGGGUUUGUUGCACAGAGCUUGAUGAAAGGGAUGCAUGGACAGAGAUGAUCUUGACGAGAGAUACAACUCCUCUGAGUUGGUUCUGAAGGAAGACCGUGAGGGCAUCAAACCCUGACAGGAAACAGUCAGGGCAAGAAAUGUAAUGAGUUAUUGUCUGAUCCAUUGGACAGUCUAAAGAAAUAAGAUCGUGUGUGUCAUUUUAACCAGGCUGAGUUGGUUCACAGUUUCUAGAAGAUGGCUAGACAGCUUGAAUUUGAGGAACAGUUUUGGAUGUAGGCGAGCUUCUUCACCUGUGCAGUGAAUAAAUGGACCUGACUGUUGGAUCGGUUUAGCCGAGCAACUGAUGGACACUAUAAGUGUCUUCCUGCUUUAUGCAAAGUCACCAAACUGUGUCUUUAUGGGGAGCCUGAGGUGAGGCAUUACUUAACAUAAACCCAGGUUUCCUUUGACAAACAAAUAUUCAGAACUAACCAUGGACAAACAAGGUCUAGAAAAGAACUGGAAACUAAAAGAUCUAGAAGAGGAAGCAAACUCAAAGCCUGUCCAGACUAUAUAUUGCUCACAACAAGAUGUUUUGUUGCAGACUGUCGUAAUGUUGACAUCCACAACCUACAUAAACUGAUCUCAGAUGACGUUUACUGAUUACAAAAUUAUUCCAGUUGUAGAGAACUUUGACUGAAGUGCAUGAUGCCAGAAUGCCAGCUCAGAGUCCAUCAGUCCAUCUCUUGUGUCCACAUGACAUGGAAAACACCAUUGCUGGUCUUUGCCUUCUUUAAAGCCAUGUUGUGUUGUUUUGGAGUGUUUGAUGCCUCCCUCCUUCCGCACCCUUGUUUUCCUGACAAUCUUUUUGGGUCAUUUACUGUUGUAGUGUCUUGAACAGUUCAUAACUAGGUCAAGAUGCAUCCUAGAAUGGCUCAGACAAGACAAACUGUUAUGACGGGGCAAAGCAUGGAUUCCUUUAUGACACAAGGGUUGCAGAUCUCAAAAGUUUAUCUGGGACAGCACAGCCAAAGCUGUGUAGUCUGCAUUAGGUUUUAGAGAAAUUAAAAAGUAUCUUCGAGAGAUGUCAGAGAAGUUUUUCAGUUUCUGUCAUCUAAAUAGAAAGGAUGACCCUUCAAGUUUGAAUUCCACAUGGAAAAUUCCAACACAUUCUCAC